AUACGCACGGACACGUUUGUUCCAGGAGGUGUGUGAGUAAAUCUCCUCCCGGUGUUUUCAUAUUUAAGGAGGCAGCGGUGUGAGGUUGCCAGUUUGGAGCUUGUUUCCCUCGUAUCGGAGCCUCGGAGCUGUGACAGAGCUGAUUUUUCCUUCUCCGGAGCUGCCGCCGCAGCGCACGGAAAUAACGGGAGUCCGCUCGCAGACUUUCAGUGGAUCAUUACUGGAUGACUGACGGAUCGGUCACUGACCUCUCAGUGUCAACAUCUGAGCAGCCAGUACAAUCGGCUGAAUCUGAUUAACCAGACGCCAUCAAGCUGACAGAGCAACAUUGUGGAUUAACCUUUAUUUGGCUUCAAUGAAUCGGAAAAGUAGCCAUGCGGAUUGAUCACAGUGAUGUACAUUCAUGCAGCCAAUCCUGUGUUGUCUGACAUGAACUACAGGAUGUGCUCACUGGACAGCAGUGGUAUAUUUGAGCUCCUUGCACCAUGCGGUCAACAGGGUUGCUUUAUUCUCACACCUUAGGGACUCCAGGAUUAUCAUGAUGCUAUUUUUGUCUGCUGCACUUUCAAAGUUCCAAGCCAACAGAUUCUGACUGAGACAUCAUGUCCCUACCAAAGCGGAGAAAAAUCAGGACUUUAGCUCUGCUGCUCUGUGUCGUCACAUUUACAAUGUUCCUCUUCAGCUACACUCUCCGGGAUCCUUCUCUCUAUUUCUUCAAGUACGCUUUACACCUCUCUGACAACUUUUUCUCCAAGGGGCCGUGUGCCUGUCGACAGUGCAUGAUAGAGCUGGAGGACGACCCUUGGUUUGCUGAGCGCUUCAAUCAGUCCAUCCACCCUCUGAUGACCAGGGAGAACAGCGUCCUUUCAGAUGAAACCUUUAAAUGGUGGCAGUGGUUGCAGUCAGAGAGGCAGCCGGCCAACUUCAGCGGAGUGGUGGAGGAGCUGUUCCAAGUCAUCCCUGAUGACGUGCUCUACAUGGACGCCAGCCCUGAGCGCUGCAGGACCUGUGCUGUGGUUGGGAACUCUGGGAACCUAAAGGGCUCUCUGUAUGGCACUCUCAUCGACUCCAGUGACUUCAUAAUAAGAAUGAAUCAGGCUCCCACCACUGGUUUUGAGGAGGACGUGGGCGCCAGAACGACACAUCAUGUCAUGUAUCCAGAAAGUGCCAUAGACCUGGACAACACUACCAGCCUGGUGCUGAUCCCUUUUAAGACUCUGGACCUGCAGUGGAUCAUUAGUGCUCUUACAACGGGUACCAUUAAACAAACAUAUAUUCCUGUUAUGUCCAGGAUAAAGGCAAACAAAGACAAGGUCCUCAUUUACAGUCCAACAUUUUUUAAAUAUGUCUAUGAGUCUUGGCUUGAUGGCCAUGGACGAUAUCCUUCCACUGGCUUUCUCAGCCUGUUGCUGGCUAUCCACAUUUGUGAUGAGGUCAGUGUGUUUGGCUUUGGUGCUGACCAGUAUGGAAACUGGCACCAUUACUGGGAGGAGAACCAUUUGGCUGGAGCUUUCCGGCACACAGGAGUCCAUGAUGGAGAUUAUGAAUAUAAUGUCACUCUGCUGCUCGCAGACAAGCACAAAAUCCGAAUGUUCAAAGGCAGAUGAUGACGUGCCCCUAUGUGCAGUGGGAUGACCACCAAAUAACCCUGAAGAGCCUUUUUUUUUUUUUUUUGGUUUUAUCUUUUCCUGAUCUCAUGCAGGAAGAAUGUUUUUCUCCUCAUUUUGAAAACAUGUUCUCACAUUUGAACUCUUGAACUCUGGUCUAUCCAGUUUCUUAUCUUUGAAUGCAGCUGCUGUUUGAGGUCCGUCAUUACUAAUGACAUGCCAACAUAUCUUUUGUUACUGAAAACACACAGGAGAAAAGAAACACUGCCACUCCUACUCCCAUUGUAUACAUUAUUGGGGACUAUUCUUUACCACCAAUUACAGAGUCUGUCAUAAAAAAAACCAAAUGUGUCUGACAGGAAGAGAAAGACAUGCUAAAUACUAGUUGAAAAUGUGAGUCUACUCUUCAUGUUCACUAGAGAGUGGUAAGAAUUUUGGCCACUAAAGCCAAUGAGACAACAACCGCCAAAGUCAAAAUUUCCUAAUAAGUGUCAGAGUGUUGUACUAAAGGUUUCAACACAAAAUGUAUAAGUAGUUAGUGAUUGAGAAGGAUGUCUUGUAGAUAAACAGACACCAUCUGCCUGUCUAGAACAGUGGUUCUCAACCUCAAGAGUACCUUGCUGCAGACAAGAUGGACGACAUACAUCCAAUCCAUACCAGAA